GACGUGCUCUUCUGACGUCCGCUCUCUCGCCCCAGAAGAAGUGUACCCUGGUCAACUGUCGACGCCGGCUUUUAUUCGUUUUCAGCUAACACCCUCCGCACCCCCAAAACAACCGCAAACAUGAGCAGGAAAUUCUUCGUUGGUGGAAACUGGAAGCUGAACGGCGACAAGAAGAGCCUCGGGGAGCUCAUCCAGACCAUGAACGGCGCCAAGGUGGAUCCCAAUGUCGAGGUGGUUUGCGGUGCUCCAUCCAUCUACCUGGACUUUGCCAGGUCCAAGCUGGAUGCCAAGUUUGGCGUGGCUGCUCAGAACUGCUACAAAGUUGCCAAGGGUGCCUUCACUGGGGAGAUCAGCCCUGCGAUGAUCAAGGACUGUGGCGUGAACUGGGUGAUCCUCGGACACUCUGAGAGGCGCCACGUCUUUGGAGAGAGUGAUGAGCUCAUUGGUCAGAAGACGGCCCACGCUCUGGAGAGUGGUCUCGGGGUGAUUGCCUGCAUUGGCGAGAAGCUGGACGAACGAGAGGGCGGCAUCACCGAGAAGGUCGUCUUUGCUCAGACCAAGGUCAUCGCAGACAAUGUAAAGGACUGGAGCAAGGUCGUGCUUGCUUAUGAGCCUGUGUGGGCCAUUGGCACCGGCAAGACUGCCUCCCCACAGCAGGCUCAGGAGGUUCAUGAGAAACUGAGGGUGUGGCUGAAGGACAAUGUAUCUGAGGCUGUAGCCAACUCUGUGAGGAUCAUCUAUGGAGGCUCUGUGACCGGUGGAACCUGCAAAGAACUCGCCUCCCAGAAGGACGUUGACGGUUUCCUCGUGGGCGGAGCCUCCCUCAAGCCAGAGUUUGUUGAAAUUAUCAACGCCAAGGUGUAAAAAUCAGGGCAGCAGCAGCAGCAGCAGUGUCACCAUGUCCAGAUCAGAGGCCAGCUCCAUUGUGAUGAUCCAGUUCCAUCGUCCCUUACUCUCAGCACUUAGUCAUCUUCCCCUAUCUGUUCAAAGUAUUUUGUGUAAUCGUGUCAUUCCCACCUUUUCGUUUAUUUUGUUUGCGUAUUUUUUGUCCUGAAGAAAAGCGACAGGUUGACACAUGCACUGCACUGAAUUGAGUAAAGUCCACUGAGAAAAUAGUCUGUGUGCAUACUAACUUCCACGCCAAGUGCUCAAGCUGUUAAGACUGUCAGUUACACCUUGAGGUGGACAAGCAGUCGGCGCCUUUACUUGAAAAGUUUACUUAACUUUUUUGUUAGGUAAACAGUGUCACAGCUCUUGUCAAUCAGAUUUGUUCUUGUCUUUUUAAUAUUGCUGUCUCGUUUGUGUAAUUAUGAUGUUCUUCUGUGGCUUUUACCUCCCCGUAGACAUGCAUGAUCCACUCCUCUCAUUGGCUGUUUUACUAAGAGGGAGGUGUCCAUUACAUGUUAAUCACAUUGUGUCAUGGCCGAUGGAUUAAAGGGUGGGAUGGCUGUAAGGAAACAUUAUAAUAAACAGUUAAGAGACUA